AUGGAGGAAAUCGGUCUUUCUCCGAAUCUUCAUGAACAAGGGGAAGUAGAUGUUCCAGACUUUGCACCAAUCACUCCCAUCGAUCCGCUUCGGCUUAAUGACGAGGAUCUGUACCAAAAGCUUAAAUCCCUCAAGAAGCAGUUGGAGUUCAUCCAAGUCCAAGAAGAUUACAUCAAAGAUGAACAAAAGAAUCUUAAGAAGGAGUAUAUGCACGCUCAAGAAGAAGUUAAACGCAUUAAAAGCGUCCCAUUGGUGAUCGGUCAAUUCUUAGAGGCUGUGGACCAGAGUACGGGCAUUGUUGGCUCCACAACAGGUUCCAACUAUUAUGUCCGCAUUCUCUCUACUAUUGAUCGUGAACUCCUCAAACCAAGUGCUAGUGUUGCUCUUCACAAACACAGCAAUGCUCUGGUGGACGUCCUUCCUCCUGAGGCUGACAGCAGUAUCACAAUGCUCCAGGCAGACGAAAAACCAGAUGUCUCUUAUGCUGAUAUUGGUGGAAUGGAUCUACAGAAACAAGAGGUUCGUGAGGCAGUGGAGUUGCCGUUGACGCAUUUCGACCUCUACAAACAGAUUGGUAUUGACCCACCCCGUGGUGUUCUAAUGUUCGGUCCUCCUGGGUGCGGGAAAACUAUGCUUGCCAAGGCUGUUGCUCAUCAUACCACCGCCGCAUUCAUCCGUGUUGUUGGGUCGGAAUUUGUGCAAAAGUACCUCGGCGAGGGUCCUCGUAUGGUACGCGAUGUUUUUCGGUUGGCAAAGGAGAACGCGCCUGCUAUUAUAUUUAUUGAUGAAAUUGACGCGAUUGCUACGAAACGAUUUGAUGCUCAGACUGGAGCCGAUAGAGAAGUUCAGCGAAUACUUUUGGAGCUUCUUAACCAAAUGGACGGAUUUGAUCAGGCCGUGAAUGUUAAGGUCAUAAUGGCCACGAAUCGAGCCGAUACUCUGGACCCAGCCCUUCUCCGCCCUGGCCGCCUGGACCGAAAGAUUGAAUUCCCUCUCCCGGAUCGUCGUCAGAAACGCCUAAUUUUCUCAACCAUCACCAGUAAAAUGAACCUCAGUGAGGAAGUUGAUCUUGAGGAUUAUGUAGCUCGUCCAGACAAAAUAUCCGGUGCUGACAUCAAUGCAAUUUGCCAAGAGGCUGGUAUGCAAGCCGUGCGUGAGAACCGAUAUGUUGUUCUGGCCAAGGAUUUUGAGAAAGGUUACAAAAAUAAUAUCAAAAAGGGCAACCAAGAACUUGAUUUCUAUAAGUGA